CCGUAGAAGAAGAGGGCGGAGGCCUGCUGGAGAUUUGACGAGCAGAAGAAAUCACGUGAAUAUUUGGGAGUUGUGUCCAGGAAUGAGGUUGUGACACCUCUGUGUUUGGGACACAAUGCAGCACAGGGUGACUGAAUACAGGGUCACGUGUUGAGAUACUUUGGCACUGACAGUUGUUAACAGACAUGCCGUGGUGCCUGAACACCAAGCGGAAAUAUCUGUUUUAACCAGCACACCGUGAAAGAAAACCCUCCAUUUGACACUUAGUUAAUUAAACACGAACUGUCCUCAUCUAGACCAUGGUGGACAACCGCUAUGCCACAGCUCUGGUCAUCGGCUCGGUGCUGAGCCUGCUGGCGACCGUCUACCUCUCCGUGGCUGUGGGAACUCAGCACUGGUACCAGUACAGCUACCCAGCAGGCAAACGUGACGUGAAAAACGACUCCGAGCUCAGAGAGGAGUUCAUCAAUGGAGAGUUUGAUGAGAAGACUUACAGCGACACCAUGUUCCUCCUGAACGGCACACUGGGGCUGUGGUGGAGGUGCAUACUGGUGCCCAGCGAGUCACUCUGGUUCAAAGCCCCGGAUCCAAAGAUGGAGAUGCAGUGUGUGAGUUUCACUCUUCCUCAGCAGUUCAGUACAAAGUACAAAAAAAAUGGAAGCAAUAAGAGCGAAGAAGAUCUGCUGAGAACAUACUUGUGGAGGUGCCAGUUUCUCUUGCCCUUGGUGUCUCUGGCUUUGGUGUUUCUCGGCGGCCUCGUUGGGGUCUGCGCUUGCCUGUGCCGCAGCUUCACCCCCACUUUGGGUGUGGGAGUGCUCCAUCUACUCGCAGGUCUGUGCACUCUGGGCACCGUCUGCUGUUUCCUGGCCGGGCAGGAGUUGCUCCAGCACUAUUCCCCCCCACCAGAAGGGGUGGAGGGCUCGGUGGGCUGGUCCCUCUACCUCGCUCUCAUCUCCUUCCCUCUGCAGAUGAUGGCAGCUGCUUUGUUCCUGUGGGCGGCUAGGAGUCACCGCAAAAACUACACCCGUAUGACUGCUUACAGGGUAGCCUAAAGAGAGAUUACUACAACAACUUACCUUAAAACCAACCAAAUGGUCUCAGGACUUUCUAAAAAAAAAAAAAUGGUUCCUGGUUAAGAAUGGACUGUACUAGUUGUAGCUUUUCACUUCUUCUGCAACAAUCGUUAGAUAGAAAAAAAAAAACAAGUACAUGAUGACCCAGAUCUAGGCAGAAAUAUACUUAACCAGUUUGCAGCUAAUCAUCAUAAGUGCUCAUAAGUAGCUGUUCACUACCUUUGAGAUGUGUUUUUUCACAUUUGUUUUCUACCAUUUGUAACCUGAAUCUUACCCAGAGCAUGUUCUUAAGUGUAUUUUAACACCCAGAUGUUGUGGAUCAUUUAUUUCUGGCGUUAACUGUGUUGAUGUGCUGUACUUUAAUGCCUUAUUUUCAGUUGCCAUUGCUUCUAAAGCUGUUCACCACAUUGCCCUUAAUUCAGUUAUAAAUUAAAAACUUGCACAUAGAUUUCAGACCUGUAGUUAUCAGCGUAGCUUUCUCUGUUAGUGCAUGAAAAAGAAUACACAAGCCUUUAUUUUACGUUUUUUUGGUGUGGAUUUGUUUUGGCCUAUUAUUAAAUAUCAAGCCAUUGCUGUGCAUGCCUUUUAAGCUGACAUUUAUCUCAUCUGCGGUAAUUGUUUAUUUCAGUCUGUGGAACGUGUUGACUAAAUGUCACUAAAUGUCACUCACUAAAAAUAUAACCACUCAUCUCCCAUUGUCGCCCGUCUUUACAGGUCUAAUGUUUAUUAAUACACUUAAUUUGUUUUAAAACUGAAUUGAUUUGAUGCCACUCAAGCAAACCUGUGACCUCUUUGUAACAUUUAAAUUCUAAUGUUUCAGCCCCAGAUUAUACUACUGCCACUUAACGUUUGUUAAGCUACUUCAAAAUGUUUUUCUAAUAGUUGUUGCAGUCAGUUCUCUGUUCCUUUCAGAGCUCAGUUUCAUCAGUCACUGAACAGACUGGUUUGACAGCCAAAUAUCAGUUUUGCAUAAAUUAAAGCCUUCUAAAUGUUUGUUGGUGAUACUCAAGAGUCAAAGAGACUGGUAACUUGAAUAACAAUUGAAUUUGCAAAAUAAUCAUUUACAGGUGAAAGUUAUCCUGAAACUAUAUCUACCUUUACACUUAACAUUUGUGUGGAAGUAAAUUAAUUUGUUAGGUAAUUGUGUGUCCAAAAUAGCGGAUUUCUAAGCGCCAGAAUACAAAUUGUGAUGUUUCUUGUGUCACAAUGUUUUGUUAUUCGUCUGAUGUGUAUACAACAUGGCUUUUGUAAACGUUUGUAUGUAUUCUGAAGCACACUGCACCUGUUUCUGUAUUGAUAAAUUUGACUUUCUUGA